CUCGGAGCGAUUGGCCCGUGCGGAUCAUGUGGGAGAAGCAGGAAUCCUGAGUUGUAGCUUUUGGCACUCCUUUUUCUUUUAAAGCGCUUGCUCUUUUCAGCUCCCCGGGGCUUUUUGCCUUCCUCCUUUCAUUACCCUGAUUAUAAUCUGGAGUAGCCACAGCAGAGACGGAGGGAGUGAUUUUAAAGGCGCUGAGAUGUUGAAGCAGGUGCCCAGGACUUCGGGCACCGGGUGUUACUACCUGAACUCGGUGUCACCUGAGGGCCAGGACAUGUACUUGAGAUUUGAUCAAACCGCCCGGCGCCCUCCCUACAGGAUGAGCCGGAUCCUCGCUCGUCACCAACUCCUGACGAAAAUUCAGCAAGAAAUUGAGGCAAAGGAAGCGUGUGACUGGCUACGUGCAGCUGGAUUCCCCCAGUAUGCUCAGUUCUAUGAGGACUCCCAGUUUCCCAUUGACAUCACUGCAGUAAAGAAAGAUCAUGAUUUUCUUGACAAGGACCUUGUAGAACCUCUUUGCAGACGACUGAACACACUGAACAAGUGCGCCUCAAUGAAACUCGAUGUGAACUUCCAAAGAAAAAAGAGUGAAGAUUCAGAUGAAGACGACCUCUGUGCUAUCAGUAAUAAAUGGACUUUCCAAAGAACCAGCAGACGAUGGUCUCGGGUGGACGACAUUGAUGCUUUGCUUCACCGAUCUGACAGGCAUGGAUCUUCUGGGGACAUUAAAAUGAAAAACACAACAAGCAGUGAGAGUGUCCUUACAGAUCUGAGUGAACCUGAGGUCUCAUCUAUUCACAGUGAGAGCAGUGGGGGAAGUGACAACAGGAGUCAGUCUGGCAUCAGCAGCGCUGCCAGGGAGAUCUGCAGCUGCUCUGGCCAGCAUGAUGUGGAAAGCACACUGCUGCAAGACUCCAGUGCAAUAAACACUGCCCUGUCCACCAAGGACAACCUGAAGAAUGAGAAACCAACACGAACCAAAGCCAAAGCCUUUCUAAAACGCAUGGAGACACUCAAAGGAAAAAGUGUGCAUGGAAAACCAAAAGGGUCUGGAAAAACGGGUCCUUUAGAGAUAAGUGGACCUGUUCUCCAGUAUGAGCCAAAAUCCUUGAAGGACAUGCACUGUGUACAGAUAGUCAAUGGCAAUCUCCAAAACUUAGGACAAGAUUCAGUCAAAAGGGGACUUUCUUUUUCUGCCAAAUCCAGCAGUGACAGCAGUCAGUCUGAAAACAGCAGCAGUGGGGUGAGCACACCCUGUUUGAAAGACCGCAAAUGCCACGAAGCAAACAAGAGAGGUGGGAUGUACCUGGAGGACUUGGAUGUUCUGUCAGGAACAGCCUUACGGCAAGUGGUGGACCAAAACCUCAAAAAUGAGUUUCAUUCUCAAGAGAACUUGGUUGUGCAUAUUCCCAAGGAUCACAAACCAGGAACCUUUCCUAAGGCACUUUCUAUUGAAAGCCUCUCACCUACAGACAACAGCAACAGUGUAAACUGGAGGACGGGAAGCAUCUCUUUGGGAAAGCAGAACUGCUCGACUCCAAAAGAGCCUGGAUUGAUGGCUUGCUGUCCUAAAGAGAGCAGAAUCAGUAUUUAUGACAACGUGCCAGGUUCCCACUUGUAUGCUAGUACUGGAGACCUCCUGGACUUAGAGAAAGGUGUCCUUUUCCCUCAUUUAGAUGACAUCUUGCAGCAUGUCAAUGGACUCCAGGAGGUGGUAGAUGGCUGGUCAAAGAAUGUGUUGCCAGGUCUGCCAGCUGAUGAUGUGUCAGUCAGGGAACCACCAUCAUUGCCUUUCCAGUCACCCACACAGAUCACUCUUGAUUUUGAAGGAAACUCUGUCUCUGAUGGCCGGACCACACCAAGUGAUGUGGACAGAGAUGGAACAUCCCUGAAUGAAUCUGAAGCCACUGGUGUUAGGGACAGGAGAGACUCUGGGGUGGGAGCAUCACUCACAAGGCCAAGCAGGAGAUUACGAUGGCACAGUUUCCAGAUUUCUCACCGCCUGAGCCACUCCAUCGCAUCGCUGCACAUCAGCAAUCAGUCAGCAGCCCAACUGAACCUACUGCAAAAAUUCUCUCUGCUUCGUCUUACUGCCAUCAUGGAAAAGUACUCCAUGUCAAACAAACAUGGCUGGACCUGGUCUGUGCCAAAGUUCAUGAAGAGGAUGAAAGUCCCUGACUAUAAGGACAAGAAUGUCUUUGGUGUGCCUCUGAUUGUUCAUGUCCAGAGAACAGGACAGCCUCUCCCACAGAGCAUACAGCAAGCUCUCCGCUACUUACGGAACAACUGUCUGGACCAGGUGGGUCUGUUCCGAAAAUCAGGAGUGAAAUCCCGAAUCCAGGCCCUCCGUCAGAUGAAUGAGAACUCCCCAGAAAAUGUCAGCUAUGAAGACCAGUCAGCAUAUGAUGUGGCAGACAUGGUAAAGCAAUUUUUCAGGGACUUGCCAGAACCUCUUCUCACAAGUAAACUAGGAGAGACCUUUCUACACAUCUACCAAUAUGUCCCCAAGGAGCAGCGGCUGCAGGCGGUGCAGGCAGCCAUCAUGCUGAUGUCUGAUGAGAACCGGGAGGUUUUGCAGACCCUGCUGUGCUUCCUCAGUGAUGUCACCUCUGUGGAAGAGAAUCAGAUGACUCCUAUGAACAUAGCUGUUUGUCUGGCCCCGUCCCUCUUCCAUCUUAACAUAGUGAAGAAGGAAAGCUCACCUAGAGUAAUACAGAAAAAAUAUGCAACAGGGAAGCCAGAUCAGAAGGACCUCAGUGAAAACCUGGCAGCUACUCAGGGACUUGCUCACAUGAUAAUGGAAUGCAACAAACUUUUUGAGGUUCCACAUGAGAUGGUCACCCAGUCCCGAAACUCCUAUGUUGAUGCAGAAGUGCAUUCUCCCACCCUAGAUGAGCUGGGGAAACAAGCAGACGAGGAAGGAGGCAGCUAUCAGAUGUACCUGGAAAGUCUCAUGCAGAAUCUCCAGAAAGAAGCAAAAGAGAAAUUCAAAGGAUGGGUGACGUGUUCCAGUAUGGAGAACACAGAACUUGCCUACAAAAAGGUUGGGGAUGGGAACCCCCUAAGGCUUUGGAAAGCCUCAGUUGAAGUUGAAGCUCCCCCAUCAGUUGUUCUGAACAGAGUGCUGAGGGAACGUCACCUCUGGGAUGAGGACUUCUUGCAGUGGAAGGUGGUGGAGAGCCUGGACAAGCAGACAGAAGUUUAUCAGUAUGUUUUGAACAGCAUGGCUCCUCAUCCAGUCCGAGAUUUUGUUGUUCUAAGGACAUGGAGGACAGAUUUGCCAAAGGGGAUGUGCAUGCUGGUGGCCAUCUCUGUGGAACAUGAAGAGGCUCCUCUUAUGGGAGCUGUGCGAGCAAUUGUGAUGGACUCUCAGUACUUGAUAGAGCCAUGUGGCUCAGGAAAAGCCAGGCUCACCCACAUCUGCAGAAUUGACCUAAAAGGGCAUUCCCCAGAGUGGUACAACAAAGGCUUUGGACAUCUGUGUGCAGCAGAAGUUGCCAGGAUCAGAAACUCAUUUCAGCCUCUGAUUGCUGAGGGACCAGAAACAAAAAUCUGAGGAAGUGUUCCUGGGAACAUGUGAGCAUAAAUCAGGGUCUGGAAGGGAAUAGGAAUACUGAAAGCAAAGAUUUUAUUUAAGCUGGAGAAAUCUGACUAGACCUGGGUUUGUACAAAGGUGGAACAGGAAUUUUAUAGGAAAGUUUUUUUAUUGUGGAGACUUCACCUCCCCCUGCCACAUCCCUUCUGUAUUAAUUUCAGUUAUUGAGGUAAACAUUUCUUCAGAGAGCUUUUAUCAUUAUUACUUUAAAAUCAGACUAUUGUCAUUACUUGUGUGUUACAUAACUGGUAUUUAAAGGCUUCUAAGAAGCAUAUUUUAAUUGUAAAUAUAUUAUGUACAGUAUGUAUAUAUCUAUAUUAUAUCUAUAUAUAUGUAUAUGUAUAAAUUAAUUAUUUUGUAUAUAACUCAGUGCAAAUCACUUGCAUCAGUUGGACCUUAAAUGAAUCUGUCACUUGUUCCUUAGUGUGUCACUGCUCCAUAAGCUGUGUUUGCUGUUAUCACAGGGCUCUGGGCAUCAUCUGUGUGAUAACAGGAAUGCCUGUUCUCAAAGAUGUGUCAUGUUUGUGUAUGCUGUGAGAAGGUACCUAGAAAUAGAUGUAGGAAGAAUCAUAAGUCCUAAGGAGGAGGGAGGCUACUGUACGGUUAAAAAUAAUGAGUGGGUCAGUUUCACCAAAAAACCAUGUGGAAAUGUAACUGAGAGAGGCAUUUUGAAGACCAUUUAUAUUCAUUCAGCUGCAGAAAGUUUGUGACUGUUAAUAUAAGGUGUUGAGAACUUACCUAUUGCCUUAAUUAGUGGUAUAUCUGCUGCUUGAGAACCUGGCUGUGUGCAGUGUUCUAAGUAACUGGGCACCCUUGAAGAGUAGAGGAUAAUGCUGUGUGUGCUGAGGUGUCUGAAAUCAGGCUGGUCAGUUAUUCAGCCCUAAAUCUGGGGUUUUAGCAUUUUGUCUAGGUUCUGAGUCAGUGUUUCUGUGUUGUUUUUUCCUUCUCCCAUAGAGAUGGCUAAUUGUUAAGAAGCUCCAAAGCAGAUUUUCCACAUCCAGUGGACACAAAGAUGUGCAGAUGAAUACCAUGCCUUUUAAUAUUCUUACUAUACAAAUAACUAAACUUUUUUUAAGCUUUUAAGCACAACACAGAGAUUUAAAAGAAUAAAUGCAGACUAUGCUUGGAAAGAUUGCUUUUUAUAGUAACAGCAAGCAUUUUCAUAUUAUGUUGCAAGGAUCUGCAUGAUUCUGCCUCUAUAGGCAUUGGUGGGAGCGGGAUUAGCCCCUGACUAUGAGGAGUAGGAGCCAUUUAAGCCUAUUAUAUCAUUUCAUUUUCAGGGACCUAUUAUUCUGCUAAUGGAAGAAUGCUUUAAAAGUCAUAAUAAUAAUUUCUUGAUGUUACCUUUGAGGCAGGGUUCUGUUUUGUUUUUAACUAACCUAAGACCAAAAGUGAUAUUACAUCUAGGAUUCAGUAAGAAUGUACAAGCCUGUUAAUACUGUUCUUCAUUAACCACAUUUGUUCACUUUGACUUUAUUUAUUGCUGCAUAAAGCAGCUGAGUCAUUCAUAGCCAGUCUUUCAGCUCAGUCCUUCCAACAAAAUCCACUAAGAUUUAGUGUGAGGUCAGUGAAGAGGGACACACAUCCUACACCAAGUUACACAAAUCAGGUUUUGUGCCCUGAUUCAGAAGACAGGGAAAUCUCCUCAUCAAAGCCAGUGCUUUGAAUCUACCCUAGGUAUGGGAGCUGUGGGGUGGGUGGACUAUGUGUGAGUCCUUGCUUGCUGCUAAAGCAUGGUCCCUCGUGCACACACAGAAGGCCUGGGGGUGUAGGGCAGCCCUGUAAUCUGAGAAAGCAAUCUUGUGAGAGCCUGGGGAGGACAGGGGCAGGGUGACCCAGCACAGUGUCCCCAUGGAGCAGCAGGACCCUAAAAAAGUCACUGUCAUCUUCUGCCAUCAGCUGCUCCACCCAUGUUUUACUGUGCAGCUCAUAGGGUCAGGGAGGUUGGCUGCCCAGGAGCUCCUGCCAAGAGUUUCUGACCAACAACAGUUGCAAUGUGCAACUCCUGUGUGUUAUUCAGUCUUAAAGACAGGGGAGUGCUCACACCCUUGCAUAGUGUGUUGAGGUCUGGCAGCCACCACCACUGCCCAGCUCCAUCCUUCCAGGGAGUAAGCAGGGGCUUGAGAGCUGGCAGGGCACAACUGGUCCCCUGGUCCCCUCUGGUUCCAGUGAGACUGCCACCCCAGAGAGCAGCAUCUCCUCCCCAGAUGCCCAUAGCCACAGCAGCAGGUUUCUCGCUGGCUCUUUUCCAAAACUCGAGCAAUUAGAGCACUUCUGCUAUAUUAGUUUGCAUAAAUUAAUACAAUAGUGCCUCAGUGUUACUGGGUUAGUGCAGAAUUUCUGGCCCUGGGAAUGGCAAUUACCUGACAAUAAAUAAUUUCUUUAGGAAAUGAAGGGAAAACCUCGACAGUGGUUUUAUCCUGUCUGACAAGGCAUCAAACAGCUGGAAGAGGCUCUGUGCCACUUGCUGCUGUAAGCAGGGUAGGUUCUCCUCCUACCCUUGCAGAAGCUCUGUCAUGUGCUUCUGAUAUCUCUAAGCCAUGUAUCAAUGAAAUAAGAUCUUUUUUAAUGCACAUUAUGCUGAGUCUACCAUUCAGUUACCACAGUAUUUUGUAUUGUUACAUUUCUAUUGAGAGUACAUUAUGAUAAUUGCAUUUUUAAAUGUUAUACUCAUAUCAAUACCUCAUAUUUUUACCUCAUCUGUUGGUAUCAGUCAUUAGUUGUAAAUAAAUAAUUGCAGAGCUGAAUAAAUUUACAUAUAC